AUGGAUCCAGUGAAUCUGACCUCUCAGAGCCUUCUUUCUGCAAUUCAGAGCAACACCAGCAGCCUCUUCCUGGGGCUCCAGCUUGUCCAGUUCUUCAAGCCUCUCAUAAUUCCUUGCUACUCUCUGGUGGUCUUUGUUGGCAUCAUUGGGAAUUAUCUCCUCAUUUAUGUUAUCUGCAAGACUAAAAAAAUGCACAAUGUCACCAAUUUCCUUGUGGGCAACUUGGCAUUCUCAGACAUGCUAAUGUGUGCCACAUGUGUACCGCUGACAUUGGCAUAUGCCUUUGAGCCCAGAGGGUGGAUCUAUGGACGUUUCAUGUGCUACUUUGUGUUCCUGAUGCAGCCGGUCACAGUAUUUGUGUCUGUUUUCACCUUGACUGUCAUUGCUGUAGACAGGUACUUCGCCAUGGUUUAUCCCCUUCACAGGAGACUGACAAUAUCCAUCUGUGUGUAUAUCCUGGCUGGUAUUUGGCUGUUGAGUUGCAUACUAGCUGCCCCAGCCUUGGUCCAUACUUACCAUGCAGAAUUUCCAGAGCUGGACUUCUCCAUCUGUGAAGAAUUUUGGUUCCACUGGAAGAGGGACCGCUUAGCUUAUGCCUACAGCACCCUCAUCCUCACCUACGUUCUGCCCUUAAUGGUCAUCUCUGUCUCCUAUCUGAGGAUCUCAGUUAAGCUGAAAAACCGUGUCGUUCCUGGUAAUGUUACUCAGAGCCAAACUGAAUGUGAUCAAGCUAAGCGGAGGAAGACUUUUCGCCUGCUUGUCUUGGCGGUCACUGCCUUUGGAGUUUGCUGGUUGCCGCUGCAUCUCUUCAAUGUCAUCAAAGAUGUUGAGAUCAGACUGAUAGACAAGCAAUACUUCAACCUUAUUCAGCUGAUUUGCCAUUGGUUUGCCAUGAUGUCUGCUUGCACAAAUGCUUUCCUUUAUGCCUGGCUACAUGAUCGGUUUAGGGGAGAGCUGAAGAAAAUGUUUGCUUGGAGGCACAAAAAGACAGCACCGGCUACAAACUGCAUUGCGGUUGACAUGGCUUUGUAA